AUGAUUUCUGAAACGAUACCUUAUUUUUCACAAUUUAAAUAUACUCGAACACCACAAAAUAUUGAACAACAACGACGAAGUCAAGAAAGUCAUCUUCUUAAAGAUUAUCAAACAAAUCUUGAUGAAGUUCCUAUGCAUCUGCAUGAUCGCAGUCUAGCUUCAUCGAGUACUGAUCGAGAACAUCUCGCUAUUAAUCGUAGUGAACUAAUUCCAAAAGCUAAAAUUAUUAAACAAAUACCCUCAACACCGUCAUCAUUGUCUGAUUUUGACCAACAAAAUUUAGAUGACAAUGAACAUUUAAAAAAGAAUCCAAAUAUAACAGCACUAACUGAAGAUGUUCUAGAAAAUACAUUAUGGAAUAUUUUACAAGAAGCAUAUCAUAGUGAAUUUAGUUUGACUGCUCGACCACGUCUUAUUGCUUUACCACCUAAACGUCAAUCAUCGUUAUUAACACGAACGAAUCUUCAAGGAAGUUCAAAUCAAUUUAUCUUUCCAUCGCCUCCUCUCAUUUUGACGGAAUCUUUUGAUUAA